GUUCAAUAGCGCGCUCUUUUGUUGUUGGUGUGGCUGUGCUGUGUUUUGUAAAAUUAAGAUUUGUUUUAAGAAUUUAAUUUAGAUAAAUUAAUGGACACAGCGCUUAAAUCUCAUGUACUAAGAUGAGUUUUUCUAUUGACGAAGUGAAUUUCCUCGUAUACCGAUACUUACAAGAGUCCGGUUUUCACCAUUCAGCAUAUACUUUUGGGAUUGAAUCGCACAUAUCACAAAGCAAUAUAAAUGGAGCUCUCGUACCUCCAGCAGCUCUUCUCAAUAUACUUCAAAAAGGCUUACAGUAUACCGAAGCGGAGAUAACAUUGGGCGAAGACGGUUCUGAAACAAGACUUACUGAAAGUCUCAGUCUAAUAGAUGCUGUUACACCAGAUAUUGUCGCCGCACGUCAAAACGCACACAAUGCUCUGAAACAAGCUAAUAAAGAAACAGGUUCUGGCAGUGAACAGAAUGGUGUUGAGGUUCCUACCUGCACAGCUCCAACUACAACAGCUGGUGCUGAAACCCCAAGUGCGCCUGAAAGUAUGGAGACUGAUCAAUCUAUUGAAAUACCACCUAGUAAAGCCACAGUACUAAGAGGUCACGAAUCUGAGGUGUUUAUUUGUGCUUGGAAUCCUAGCACGGAUUUAUUAGCAAGUGGUUCUGGAGACAGCACAGCCAGAAUUUGGGAUAUGUCUGAUAAUCCAACAAGUAUUCCAAAUCAACUAAUAUUAAGGCAUUGUAUUCAAAGAGGUGGAGCAGAAGUACCAAGUAAUAAGGAUGUCACAUCACUUGAUUGGAAUUGUGAUGGUAACCUAUUAGCCACUGGUUCUUAUGAUGGCUAUGCCCGUAUCUGGACAACUGAUGGGAAACUUGCCUCAACGUUAGGUCAACAUAAAGGGCCAAUAUUUGCUUUAAAAUGGAAUAAAAGAGGCAAUUAUAUAUUGAGUGCAGGGGUUGACAAAACAACUAUUAUCUGGGACGCAGCCUCUGGUCAGUGUACUGAACAGUUCUGCUUCCAUAAAGCACCGGCGCUAGAUGUAGAUUGGCAAACUAAUACCUCAUUUGCAUCCUGUUCAACGGACCAGAGCAUCCAAGUGUGUAAGCUGAAUGUUGAUAAGCCAAUAAAGAGUUUCUUAGGUCACACAAAUGAAGUUAACGCUAUCAAAUGGGAUCCCCAAGGACAGCUUCUGGCAUCUUGUUCUGAUGACAUGACAUUAAAGAUUUGGUCUAUGAAGCAAGACACCUGUGUUCAUGACUUGCAAGCUCAUUCAAAGGAAAUAUACACCAUAAAGUGGUCACCUACUGGACCAGGGACUCAGAACCCCAAUAUGAACCUAAUAUUAGCAAGUGCCUCUUUUGAUUCCACUGUGCGUCUUUGGGAUGUGGAGAAAGGUGCAUGUGUCCACACACUCACAAAACAUACAGAACCUGUAUACAGUGUUGCCUUUUCUCCAGAUGGAAAGUUCUUGGCAAGUGGAUCCUUUGAUAAAUGUGUUCAUAUUUGGUCCACACAAACGGGAUCUCUCGUUCACUCAUACAAGGGAACUGGGGGUAUAUUCGAGGUUUGUUGGAAUUCAAGAGGCACUAAGGUUGGUGCAAGUGCUAGUGAUGGAAGUGUCUUUGUUUUAGAUUUACGCAAGCUAUAGUAUGAGGUUAUUGGUUAAGGAUUUUAUAAUACAAUAGCUUCCGGUUUUCACAUUAUUGGAGAUAACACAAUAAUUUUAAAAUAAAUAAGUACUUAUUAAAUGAAUGAUACACUAUAGAUCUACUUUUGUUAAAGGAAUUAUAUUUGUGAAAUUUAUAUCUAAAACAGGCAUUCAGAAAAAUACAAAAUGUGUUUUAUAUACCUUCUUUGAGCUUGGCAACUUGUAUGAAUAUAAGUAGCUUACUGAUAAAGAACUUGGAACAUGCAUAGAUAAUAUAGUAUAGCAUACAUUAAGUUUUGCUAAUCAAAAUACCUAUUUAGCCAUUGGAUAUGUAGACAAGGUGCACAUAAAAGAAAUCCUUAAAGUUUAAAAUAUUGAACUUUUGUCUGAUGUAUAUCAAUUUUAAUUUAUGUUUCCUAUACUUUGAAUUAUAAAGCAGCCUUUGUAAAUG